ACGAUUAUUGGUCUGGCCUUGUACUAAUUGGUGGGGUAUAUACCUACCACAUGUGACGUGGGGCAAGGAGAGUGCGGGAUUUUCUAGUGAGUAGUGACAGAGGAGAGGAUACUUCCAACUGACCAUGGCCCAACGACUGACCAUACGAAUGAACAGGGCGGACUCCGGGAUGUCCUGGGGAUUUCGUCUCCAUGGAGGCAUGGAGUAUGGACUUCCAAUGACAGUCCUAACGAUAGUGAGGAAAAGUGUGUGUGACCGCUGUGGGCUCAGACCACGUGACAGGGUUGUUGCCAUCAAUAAUAUGAAUGUAGACGGGGCGACCCACGAGCAGACAAAGAUGGAGAUCAUCAGAUCGGGUCUGGAACUAGAAGUCGUAGUGUACAGAGAUCCGCCUGGCACGGCGCUUGUCACAUUGGCACAGCCCACACAACCCCCGGCACCAGUACAACAAGCCAACAGCCAGGGAUAUCUACAAGGUUAUGGACCAGUUCUGGCGCCAGUAUCUCAACCGUCGUCACAGCCGACCGCCGCGGCCCCCGCCGCUGCCCCUGCCCCUGCCGCAACACCUGCCGUUCCAGAACCCUCCCAAGUGCCGGAAAUGCCUGCCUCAAAACCGGAAGCGCCUGCACCAGAACUAGAAGCACCUGCAAAAUCUACGCCCGAAACAACCCCUGCACCAGCACAAGAGAAGGAACCACUACAAGAACCUGCUCCAAGUGAACCUAAGAAAGAGUCUCCAGCUCAUACCGCACCCCUCUCCGUAGACACAAGCGUGGAGAUUCCGCCAGAUACGGAGGUUCUCAGUCCUAUGGAAGUGCUAGCGUCCCCUGCCUUCCGGGAAAUGUCAACAAAAGGAUCAAAGCCUUUCUCCCCUGGAGGCGCGAAGAAGGCUAUUCCAAACGUGACGCAUUCUCAGUUUAACAGUCCUAUGGGUCUGUAUUCCGCCGACAACAUCGCCGCGGUCUACGCCGCGCAGACAGAGGGCAUCGAACGUGAAAUGGAGGGCCUCGACGUAUCAAAAGCCCCAGUGGGAACGAAGAUGUCUGGAUCCCUACAAGUUAUUGAUUAGCAUCGGGUAGCCAAGCUUUGUCUAAACCGACGUCAGUCAUGGACCCCCUGAAAUCCUUCAGCCAUGGUAGCCCCUGGAAACUUAGUUACUAACACGUGGUUUCUAGUUUUACAAGAGACACACACGAGAAGAAUGCACACGAAGGCUUUUGGACUGCAAGCCGUCACUAAACCAAAUCCUAUCAACAUAGUUCUAGCUCUUCCGGACAUGGUUCGAAUCCAUCAUCUGGAAUGUGAUACAAGGAGAAAGAAACAUUUGACCCGGGACCCUUGCUUCGUCGUGAUCCAGGGAAUUACUUGUUCCAAAUGUUGGGAGGACGUGCCGAAUUUUCCCCUUGAAAGCUCACACAUAGCACAAAUCACCUUCAGAAAAUAUGUAGCGGGCACGUGAAGGAUAAGAAGCGCUGUUUACCAUGACUCAUUCUUGUUAACGUUGACGGAUAAUUUUUUGUUAAAUAUGACUCGGAAGUUGACCUCGUUGUCAUGGGAACCAAGCGGCUUUCUUCUUUUUCACGCACUAUUGUGAACCGGAAGUGACAUAUUCCUUUACGAGUGUUACAAUAAAAGAUAGUUUGGAGUGCAA